AUGGAGGAGCAAGUUAAGCUGAUCAGAAAAAGGUUAGCAGAAGCUAAUGAUCGGCAGAAAAGCUAUGCAGAUGCAAAGCGUACUCCUAGACAGUUUAUAGUGGGAGAGAAAGUGCUUCCACGAGUUAAACCAAACAAAAGUAGUAUAAAAUUUGGAAAGUCUUUCAAACUGGUUCCACAAUAUGCGAGACCUUUUGAAGUUGUAGAAAUUAUUAACCUAGUUGCAUACAAAAUUGGUCUAACACCAACUCUUGCAUGGUUGCAUGAUGUAUUUCAUGUUUCUUAUUUGAAAAAGUAUGUUUCAAAUAUUGUACAUAUGAUUGACUGGAACUCCUUGCAGGUACAGGACCCAAGAGUUGUCAUGAUCGAGCCAAUCAGGGUGCUCGAGGUACGUAAGUAG